UUCAUCAUCACACAUAUUUUUCUUCUUCUUCAUCAAACAUGUUCUUCUUCUUCAUCAUCAUCACACAUCUUCUUCUUCUUCAUCACACAGUGUUCUGCCCGCUGCCCUCCCCGGGGGCGCGCAUGGACGCUCCUCGUGCACGCGCAGCCCUGUUUGUUUGUGUUGAGAGCUUGGAAAUGGCGGAGAGCGGAGAACGAAGCGAUAACUUGGGUUUGCAAACGCGAGUGCGCGGACAUUGAGACACGGAAACCGACCGCGAGCGAUUCACGGAGCCGAGGAGGAUCUCCCCCAGCCGAUGGGACUCGAGUCGGACUCCGCCAGAGGAGGAUUCGUGGAGCGGGCUCUGGAUUUAGCGAGGUGGUUAGCCAGCUAGGCUAACCGCGCUAGCAGCUCGUCGUUAGCUCCGCCGAGUCGCGCUGGGUCUUUCCACGCAGCCGCUUGUUUGUCAACAGAGGCGGACGUUCGAGCAGCAGCCAGCCCGCUGGAGAACCAGCUCCCACCGGGACCCCGUCGAGCUCGGCCCGGGCUCGAGCGCGUGGAUCUCACGGUGAAAAGCGAGUGGAUAAAAAAAAAAACAUUAAAAAAAGAGAAAAGUCCAGACCUCGGACCUUCCUGUAAGUUUAGCAGGUUAGCUGGUUAGCAGGUUAGCUGGUUAGCAGGGGCGAGCUAACCGCGGCUGUUUGGUUCCGACCCGCCGUUCACAUGGGAAUAACCCGCCCGGGGUGACGGGCUGCGGGCACAGCUCCUCCGGCAGGAUCCGCAUCAGCAGCUGGGACGGACCAGCGACCAGUCUGAGGCCAACAGGCUUCCCCCCCCCCCUGCACCUGGGAUGGUGCCUUGCGACAGAGUGGCUGUGGAGCCAUAACCCCAGCACCACCAGCAGCAGCAGCACCACCAGCAGCAGCGCAUCAGCUCCAUCAUCUCGACUCUGAGACCACCACUGACCUCACCCCCUCCAGGCUCCCCUUCCUCUUUUAAGCUUUGCUCAGAGCCCUGGACAAGGCCACCACAGACACCACAUGACUCACCCACUGGAGCCCUAGAUCAAGUCAGUUGAAGCUGAAAAUGAGUGCAGUAGGGGAGAGCCCCCUGGACCCUGCCACGCCGGAGUCACGCAAGAGGAAGGGCUCGCCAUGCGACACAUCGGGGCAAAGCCUGGAGAAGAGGAGGCGGGAGCUGGAGUGCCGCUACAUCGAGGAGCUGGCGGAGCUGCUGUCGUCCAACAUGGGCGACAUCGCCAGCCUCAGCGUCAAGCCCGACAAGUGCCACAUACUCAAGAGCACGGUGGACCAAAUCCAGCAGAUCAAACGGCGUGAGCAGGAGAAAGCAGCUCUUCUGUCCCCAGAUGACGAAGUGCAGAAGAGCGACAUCUCCUCCAGUAGCCAGGGACUGGUGGAGAAAGAGGCACUGGGGCCCUUGCUGCUAGAGGCCCUCGAUGGGUUCUUCUUCGUGGUCAACCGGGAAGGCCGCAUCGUCUUCGUCUCUGAGAACGUGACGAGUUACCUCGGAUACACCCAGGAGGAGCUGAUGACCUCGAGUGUCUACAACAUCCUCCACGUGGGAGACCACAAUGAAUUUGUGCGGAAUCUGCUGCCCAAAAGCCUCGUAAACGGUGUGCCGUGGCCACAGGAAACCACCCGGAGGAACAGCCACACCUUCAACUGUCGCAUGCUGAAGAGGCCACCGGACGAGGUGGGCUCGGAGAACCUGGAGGCGCGGCAGCAGUACGAGAUCAUGCAGUGCUUCACCGUGUCCCAGCCUCAGGCCAAGCAGCAGCAGGAGGAGGGAGAUGACCUGCAGAGCUGCUUGAUCUGUAUCGCCUGUCGAAUACCUCGAGCUCAGCCCGUCAACAGUGAGUCCUUCAUCACGAAGCAGGACCCCACAGGGAAGAUCAUCUCUAUAGAAACGAGUGCUCUGCGGGCGACGGGCCGGCCCGGCUGGGAGGACCUGGUCAGGAAGUGCAUCUACGCUUUCUUUCAGCCGCAGGGCAAAGAGCCCUCCCACGCCAAGAAGCUGCUGCACGAGGUGAUGACCCACGGCAGCGCCAUCAGCCCGCUGUACCAUUUCUCGUUAAGUGACGGAACUCCACUCAGCGCUCAGACUCGCUGCAAGUUCUUCUGCCCCCCCAACCCUGACGUUCAGCCUUUCAUCAUGGGCUUUCACACUAUUGACAGGGAACACAACACUGCUAGCUCUCAGGAAAACACUACACCGACCCUUGGCAGCCUUGCCCAAACUCCCUCCCGCUCCCCGACCCUUCCCCCCGGCAGCAACUCCACCCAAGGUUCCGGCCUCGCCUCCUCAGGCCUUCACCCCAACAACAGCAACGCCUCCUCCCACGGACACGACCCCGCCACGUCCACGGGCUACGUGACGCCCUGUCGGACGUGUCCCCAGCAGGUCAACAGUCCCUCUCCUUUGAGCAGCCCACUCACAGCCACCCCUACCUCGUUUAUGUCGCCCAGGAUGCCACGGGCCAGCCCUGGGUUGGGGGGGAGCCCUCGGGUCCCAGGGAACCCGUUCUCUCCCUCCACGCCAGGCCUCCAUUCCCCCACCGGGGCGCUGAGCAGUGGAGGCAGCCUCGGCGGCACCAGCUGUGGGAGGACAGGGUCUUUCUCCCUGUCCUCCCCUGUCCCCCAGAGACAAGCCAGUACACCCACCGGCUCCUCCACUCAGCCUGCGUCAGCUAAACACCCAGAGGGAGGAGAAGGACGGGGAGAGGACUCUGUUAAAGCCCCCCUUCCUUCCGCCUCACAGCUGGGAACCCCCAGACUCAACCUGCUCCUGAAUGUCAACGGGACAGCAGUUGAAACUAACAACAACAACAACAAAAACAACAGCACCUCAUCACCUCAUCCUCCUGCCCCACAGUGCCCUGCCUCACACAGCACUCUCACGGAGCGACACAAGAUCCUCCACCGGCUGCUCCAGGACAGUAGUCCCAACGACUCCUCCGCCGCCGCCGCCGAGGACGGACUCAACAAAAGCGAAGGCGACAUCAAGAGGGAGGCGCCCGCCUGUCCAGCACUUACCCCAUCAUCCAAGUCCAGCUCCAGGGAGCCGCAGGACCACCAGUUACUCCGCUUUCUCCUGGAUACAGACGAGAAGGACUUGGGGGACCUGCCUCCUCCCUCCGCCCUCAGCCUGCAGACCGUCAGGGUAAAGGUGGAGAAGAGAGUGAGCGUCGAUGGGCCCCCGCCCUGCACCGGCUCGUCUGCCUCGGCAUCCAAACCUGCAGCCGUGUCCAGCAGCCCGGCCUGCGUCAGCCCCAAGCCCUGUCCCGUCGGAGAGCACCGGCGAGACAGCCGCAGGGACAGCAGGGACUCCACGAUGUCUGAUGGCCCUAUUGACAUGGACUCUCUCACCCAGCUGCUGCCGGGCCUGAGAGGCCCGGGUGGGGCCAAACAGGGCAGCGAGGGUCCAACAACCCCCGGAAGCCCCCUACUCCAGUCUCCGGGCCCCCAGGCCGGGCCCCCGGCUCAGCUCCAGUCUCCUAUGCCACAGCUCCAGUCCCCCCUGUCCCAGCCCCAGUCUAUUCCCCAGUUACAGUCGCCGUCACCUCAGCUCCAGUCCCCCUCACCCCAGCUCAAACUGCAGUCCCCCACCCAGCUCCAGCCCGGCGAGGUCAGCACUCCCCGCAAUGUGAAGAGAGAGUCGCCCGGCACUCCGAACAGAGGGCUCAGCGAUGGCGGACCGCUCUCUGGCUGCAGCCUCCAGACUCAGUCGGUGUUCGAUUUCUGCAGUCCCCCCACUCCAAGCAAGAUACCCACCCAGGGACAGGGGGACCCCUUCCAGACCCCCAAGGACAGCAGCCCCUUCCCCGAGGCAGAAGUCAUCAACCCCUUCAGCUCAAGCACUGGCCUCACCAAGAUGGACGUGGGAGACUCCCAGUUCCAGCCUCUGGCUCUGUCCGACACUUUGUCCUUCGAUGGUCUGGGGACUCUACAGGCUCCGUUAGCGUCACCGCAAGAGCAGUGUGUCCCCUGUACUCUGGAUGAAGUGCUCGGUCCUCUGACGGCACCCGAAGGCCGGAACGACGAGAAGGCUCUGCUGGAGCAGCUCGUCUCCUUCCUCAGUGGAACCGACGAGAGUGAACUGGCUGAGCUGGACAAGGCCCUGGGUAUCGACAAGCUGGUACAGGGUGGCUGCUUUGACCCUCUGCCUCAAACCUUCCCAUCCCAGCAACCCACUGCCACCCCAGUCUCCCUGGACCCCAAACUCCCCAGCUACCCCUCCCAGUUCACAGCAGCUCCGCAGGCCCAGUUCCCUCCCGAGCUGGCCACCGUGGGGCCACAGGGUCUGGGCUUCGGAGCCCCUCGGGGGGCUUUCCCCGGGGGAGAGGGCAUGGUGAGGCCAGGCGUGACGCGACCCCAGGGGACGGGCGCUCAGCUCCGGCUGCCACCCAACCAGCUCCGCCUGCAGCUGCAGCAGAGGCUCCAGGGCCCGCAGCAGCUGCAGAACCGGCUGGCGGCCAUUAAUCCGUUUCCUGCAGGACAUGUGAACAUGGGUGUUCGUCAGGGCGUUCCACAGCCGCAGAUUCCCUCACAGCCUCCACUGAACGCCCAGAUGUUGGCCCAGCGUCAGAGGGAACUCUACAGCAUCCAGCACCGCCAGCGACAGCUUUUCCAGCAGAAGGUCAUGCUGAUGAGACAGAACUUGGCAGGCGCUCCGACUGCAGCCGUGGGGCCCGUCGGAGCUGCCAGGGUCUCCAAAGGUCCCCCCACGACGCCUCAGCAGCAGCAGCAGCCGUUCAACUUCCCACCAGGGUUCAACCCGAUGACGGGAAACCCCCCUACCUCACCGAGUCACUUCAGCCCCCUGCCAGGGGCCCCUCUGGACAACAAGCUGUCCGCCAGAGCUCCUCUGAGCAGCCCGACGCUGAUGGGCGGCGUGCAGGCCCAGUUCAGCAGCUCCAUCGGCUCCUCAUUGCAGCAGAGUCUGUUCCAGCAGUUUGGAGGAUCUGCUUUGGUCCAGCAAGAUCCAUCCUUCGCUCCUGACAUGAGCCCGACCAGCCCGUUGUUGUCACCUCAAAACUCAACCUCCCAGAGUCCUCUGCUUCACCAAGCCCCUCCUCCUGGCUACCAGUCACCAGACAUGAAGAGCUGGCAACAGGCGGGGAUUGGCAGCAACAGCCUGUUCAGUCAGUCAGGACAGAGUGCAGGGCAGGCGUUCGGCCAGCAGGGGGUCUACAACAACAUGAGCAUCACCGUCUCCAUGGCCGGGGGCUCGGGCGGUGUCGGCUCGUUACCUCCCAUGGGGCAGCCGGUCGGCUUGAGCAACAGUAACCUCAGCAGCGUGGGCUCAGUGUGCAGCGACCAGCAGGUGCAGCAGGUUCAGGUGUUCGCGGACGUCCAGUGCACGGUGAACCUGGUUGGUGGCGACUCGUACCUAAACCAGGGCUCCAUCGCCGCCGCGGCCUCCCAGAAGGGCCCGGGGCCGCCGGGCGCCCAGAACAACCAGGCCCAGCAGAAGAGCCUCCUCCAGCAGCUGCUCACCGAGUGACACCUCCCUGCUCCUUCAGCUCUCCUGCUCCCCUUCUUCUUCUCACUUCUACGCCUCCUCCUCCUCCUCCUCCUCCUCGGAGGUCCGUGCACCAGACCCAUUGCUGUCUCUGUCUCACCUGUUGGAUGGAAGGAUGGAUGUUUGGACGGUGUUGGCUCAGAGCGCUCGACGCAGCCCAACCACUUCUGUGCGGGUGGUGGUGGGGGGGGGAUUGAUCCUGGGCUGGUUGUGUUUGCCGCCCAGUACUUAAAGAAAAGACUCGCGUCAGAAGGAGCAGCAGUGUGUUUGAACCUGCCUGUCUAAUCUGUCUGACAACCUGUCUGUCUGCCUCAGCCUAUUUAAAGGCAGUGUUGUCUUGCUGCUCAUUCCUCGGUGACCUACUUCCUGCUUCCUGACCCAAGUAAACAAACUGCGACUUCAUUGUAGAUUUGCCAAGUUGUCGUCACUGUUAAAUCAGGGCCGGCCUCCUUUUUAUUGUUUUGUUUUUGGGUUCUUUUUCCUGAUUGGACGGUUUCUGUCGGGGCCGUCGCAGCAGCAGUGCAUCUUGGGAGCAUGAGCUGCAGCGUACAGUUGCGCUCAGCGUUUUUUUAAAGUGUGGGAGUAUCCCACACAACAGCACCUCUGGCUCUUUAUUUUUUUAUUUCCGUUUGUUUUGUUUUCCUCUACCUGUCUCUCAGCGAUGUGGGAAUGUUAAGGUUUCAGACCUCUGCGGCAUUGUGGGAUAGGAGCUCAGUACCAGCUGGUUCUGUGACUGUCUCUCUAUCAGCUACAGUGCCUGGUCGAAGUUUGAGUUUUGAUCCUAAACUCGGCUUCUUCUUCUUCUUCUACUUCUUCUACAUAUUAUUCUAUGACAUCCUCUGUUUCUACUUUGGUUGAAUGUUUUUAUUUUUUGUUUAAAGAGUUAAAAAAAAAGAAAAAAAAAUCUCCAUCUGCUCUCACCGUCAUCAUCAUCAUCAUCUUCAUCAUCUUUGUGAUCAUCAGAACAAGCUUUGACAACAGCCGGUUGGAUGGAAGGAUGGAUGGAUGGAUGGGAGACAGACAGGAAGCUGCUCAGUUUGGAACUCAUGUGUCUCUCUCCCCCCCCCCGGGAGGAGGUUUUAUUUUUAUUAAUUUUUUUCAAAGUAUAUAUAGAAAAAGAAAAAAAGACUGUUAUGAUUAUUUAACUGUCUGUCCGUCACAUUUUACCCCCCCUCCCCCCCUCACCUCCGCAGCUGUGAAUACAGAGUCCUGUGGGGCUCUCUCUCUCUUUCUCUCUCCAUCUCUCUCUCUCUAUCCCUCUCUCUCUCUCACUCUCUCUCAGCCUAUCAGUGUUUGCCAUGUGCACCAUGCAGGCGGGUUGUAUUGUACAGAACAGAAGGACAAAGACUGGGGGACGAGCUCACUCUUCUCUUGUAACUCCUUUAAAAAAAAAAGAGAGAGAAAUGAAAAGUGUAAUUAACUCAGAAAAGCAAAACUAUGUGUCAUGUGAUUCGAUCCAGGUUCUAUUCUAUUUGGUUUUGUCCUUUUUUUCCCCCACAAAUUUGAAUCAUGUCCAUGUUUUUAUUUGUUUUUGGGAGAUUAUUUUUUUCUGGCUUCAGGAUUUUGUUUCUCUAGUUGUUGCCGUGGAGGAGGAAUUCAAAUGUGAAAACGAAAUUUGGAAGCGAGUUUAAAUAUAGCCUUUGCGAGCCCCCCCCCCCCCCAUGCCCCCCCGGCGAUGCUAACGGUACCGAGCUGCAUCCCCCCCCCCGUAGGUUUCCCAGUCGCAGCAAACGUUGCGCUUCAGGAUAUUGUUCCUAUAUAAUGACAUUUAAGUAGAAGCUUUAGUAAUAGAAGUUCCUAACAAAGAUGUGAUGGAUAAAUAUUUUUAAGCUGUCAUGAAAUUGAAACAGGACGAGGUCGAGUCCCGACAAAAUACUUUCUCCUCUUUUUUUUCUUAUUUUCUCCGGACCUGUUUUUACCGAGUCGUCCCCGACGAGGAUUUUUUUUUUGGGAUUCAACCCUCCUCUCCCUCCUCCUCCUCCUCCUCCGGUUCCCCACGAUGAUGAAGACUUCACUCCACUGGCUACACACACACACACACACACACAGUUUUCUGUUGACUACUGUUGCUCAGUCAGACACUGCCUCGCUCAGUGAUAACAGGCCUCUGUUCACUUGACAGGAGGGAAAAGGAAAAAGCAAGUCUAACUCAUUUCACUCUCAGAAAAAACGUUACACAAUCCUCCGGGGAGGUGUCGCCGCUUUCUUAAUCAUCUUCAAGUGGUUCAAUGAAUUUUCAGAUUCACGUACGAUCUGGAACGAUUUCUCCUCUUGUCAAAUCCGCCUCGUUGUGCGUUUCUCCUCCAGAACGACGUCAGGACCUCCCCUGAUGGAGCGAGUCCUGUGUCCUCUUCCUCCUCCUCCUCCUCCUCCUCCUCCUCCUUUUUAUUUUAAAUCUUCCUUCUGUCAGGAGAAAACAAAACUCUGGAAGUGGAAUCUGUGGAGAGGGAUUUUCACACAACGCAAAAAGGACCUCGCGUUCGGAUAUUAUUUUGAAUUAUUUCUGAUUCACCCCCCCCCCCCCCCCACCGCAGCAGUGGAAUAGGGCUUUUCCUGUGUACUGCGUUUUACAGCUGAGAUACUUCACCAUAUGCAACAUUACAGUAUGCAAGGUCAACAUUCCACCCACCAGUCCAGUUUUGUAAAGAUGUGAGAAACCACUUUGUGUCCAGCUGGAACCCCCCCCCCCCCCCCCCAGUCAACAUCUUCACUCUCAAUAAUCUAAAUUCAGACUGGACUGGAGCAGACGCCUCAAAACAUAAAUGACUGACAGCUUUUUAUUUCUUCUAUUUUUCUAAGUGUAUAUAUCUGAUGGAAGCACGUGGAUAAAUCAUCAGUAGGCGUUUAACGAGCACCCUUCUUUUACCUCAUGACCUUUAGUUCUGACCAGGUUGUCCCACUGGGAGCAGCUUGUCUUCAGUGGUCACUUUGGUUUCAUCCACCUCAUCGGCUCCCGAGCACUUCUUCGGUUAGAGAAAACUUAAAUCUUGGUCCUGUUUCUUUGAUAAAUGAGAAACUUAUGAUCGUUGACACAAUCGUUUUACAACUUUCGUCCCCAAAGAGACUUUUUCAAACCCGUUACUUUCCUUUAACCUCCACUGCAACCAUCGAGAUUUCUGUCAAAAAACGUCCGUCUACCUCUGAUCCAAGACCUCACUACUUCUUCAGUUCUCAGACACGGUUUCCAUUCCACUUUCACUCUCUGUCAUGUUAAGAACCCGGGUUAAGGGAAAGUUACGGGGACGAGUCAAUCCCUGUAAUGUCCGAACUGUAAGACCUCCGUUGGGUCCGCGCUUAAAAUUUCGUCCCAGAGACAGAAGCACUUGAGUCAGGGAAGGAGGGAGCAGAGAGAGGGAUGUGAUGCCCGAGCUGGAUGGGUCGUGACCAGACGUCCUUCCUGCAGAUGGAUCUGGUUUCUCACAGUGUGUCCGGUCGAUGUUAAACGACUCAAACGCUGCACAAAGUGGGAAGAAUGUAUUUUAGGAAGGUUCCUGUCCGAGUCCGCCUCCUCUCGUCUGCUCUGAUGCUUUCACACGUACAGUAUUGUGACUCCCCCCCCGCCUCCCCCCUCCCCCCCCACUUCUCUGCGUGGAAUAGGCAUUCCUAUGGAAAUGGUUUCCUCCUCAACUUCUGUUAGAUGCAGGAACCCGACAGCACCUGACACACGACAACAUGCCAAAUACAACCAAUGCAUAUGUAAUGUUUUUUAUGCAACAGCCAUUCAGUGGAAGCGACAGUCCCUCCUCUCUCACUGCAACCAACAGGUACAAGGUUCGCUUCUUUUAUAACAUUGCUUUCGAGAUGUUAACAUAAUGUAUAUAACAGAGAAAUGUGAAUAUGUAUUUGUUCAGAAUCAACAACGCAAAAAAAAAUAUAAAAGUAGUGCUCCGAGUUUGUGGUAAAUAACUACUCGCCUCCGUCAUGUUUUUAUUUUAUGUUUUUUUGAUUUUCUACUUUUUUAUUUUUCUGACGAUGUGUGUAUGUUUAUGACUAUCAGUGAGUGCGUAUGUAUGUGUGAUUAAUACUGUAUAUCUGGUGUUCUCUAAGAUGGAAAAGUGGAAGGUGUCCUGGUUUGAUUCUUUUCUUCUUUGACUCUUUAGACCCUGCACAGUACCUGUGGGCGUUUCAGAAAACUAUGCCAGAGAAUGGUUUAGCGACUGCUGAAUGUGAUUUUACUGAGAGAGAAGCAGCGGACUGGCUUUUUUUGUACGGGUUAAUUUAAAAAAAAUGAAAAAAAAACACAGAAAAAAGGCCAUAUUAUUUAAUUUUUCUCUGUUGUCAAAAGUUUAAGCAGAUCUGGGAGAGUGGAGCCUUGGUUUUGACGGAGGGGCAUCGCCUGCUGGGCUUUUCUUUAUUUUAGUUUUCUACGUGUCUGACUGAUGUAGCGUUGUUUUUUUUUUAUUCGUCAAUAGUUCAAUGACCAAA